CCGCCGGUGGCGGCGGGGACAGCGACAGCAGCAGCGGUUUCCCCGCCGCGCUCCUGCUGCGCCUCGAACCUCUGGAUCCGCCUGAAGGAAAAACUCUGCACGUGGCACAUUGUGAAAACACUUCUCCUGGGCCAGAUACUCUCCUUGCUUAUUUGCGGGACUGCGGUCACAAGCCAGUUUCUUGCCGACAACUACAGCAUCAACACUCCAAUGCUGCAGAGUUUCAUAAACUAUUGUUUGCUUUUCCUAGCAUACACAACGACUCUUGCAUUUCGGAAAGAUGGUGAUGGACUCUUGCAGAUUGUAAAGAGGAAAUGGUGGAAGUACAUUUUGCUUGGAUUGGCUGAUGUUGAAGCUAACUACACCAUUGUAAAAGCCUAUCAAUAUACGACCAUAACAAGUGUCCAGCUCCUGGACUGUUUUGGGAUUCCUGUGCUGAUGGCUUUAUCAUGGUUCAUCCUCCGUGCAAGAUAUAAACUAAUCCAUUUCAUUGCUGUUGCUGUUUGUCUGUUGGGCGUAGGGACCAUGGUCGGUGCAGAUAUAUUAGCUGGAAGGCAAGAUGGUGAAGGAAGUGACGUGGUGGUUGGAGAUGUCUUAGUCCUCCUUGGCGCUUCAUUAUAUGCCAUUUCGAAUGUGAGUGAAGAAUACAUUGUGAAAAAUCUGAGCAGAAUGGAGUUUCUAGGAAUGGUGGGCUUGUUUGGGACUGUUAUCAGCGGUCUGCAGCUAGCUAUUGUGGAACAUAGAGACAUAGCUAUCAUUCAGUGGAACUGGAAAAUUGCCCUGCUCUUCUUAGCUUUUGCCCUGUGUAUGUUUGGGUUGUACAGUUUCAUGCCGAUUGUGAUUAGGGUGACCAGUGCCACCUCCGUCAACUUGGGCAUCCUGACCGCUGAUCUCUAUAGCCUUUUCUUUGGACUUUUCCUGUUUGGCUACAAGUUUUCAGUGCUGUAUCUCUUAUCCUUUGUGGUCAUCAUGAUAGGCUUCAUCAUGUACUGCUCCACCCCAACCCGUACUGCAGAAGUUGCCUCAACCACCUUGCCAAUGGCAGAUAGUACUGGGUUUGACAACCUUGCUUUAAAAAUUGAGGAGAACCACCUGGAUUCAACUGAUACUCUGGCAGCACAGCACAACAAAGAAGACAUCCAGGCAGAAGAGACAACAGCUACAAAAUUAACAGUCUUGUGAAAUAUGAAGUUUCAGCUGCCAGAGUUGCCCUGGAGAAGUCAGGAAGCAACAGAUAAUGAACAUAGUACUAGAUUAGGGUGGACAAACUGGAGAAAUACCAAUGGUGGAAUUUGUGUUCAUGACAAAGUCUGGAAAUGCAUCACAAAAUAAGGAGGGCUAGAUCCUUUCUUGGAACAUUGGUAUUAAUUCUUGUUCACUGAAGAUUAUUCUUAGAGCUGACAGGUGAAUAGAAAGGUAGAACUAGACUGUCUUUCUAUUAAAGAAAUCCAGAUUAUACUCAAAAUACAUGUCUUAUUUUGAGUAAUUUAUUAUGUUCUCAAAGAUUAUACAUGGUCAGUGAGGUUAGCAAAAAGAAAAUGGAAAGAGGGAAAAUGAGAAGGAAAAACACAAAUUAGGAUCCAGAGAGGCUGGAAACUCUAAAGGAACAGAGAUCAAUGUUAGUGAAGGAUUGUUACCUCUCAGACCGCUAAACGAUGAGGAUGAGAAAUUUUACAUUUUGGAAGUGUGAAUUUGGUAACAGACCCUGAUCUUAUCCAGUUAAUAUGCAGAGACAAUGUAUAUUCUUCACAUUAAUUUAAUUGCAUCCCAAUUCUUGAAGACUAGUAUACUUAUGCUCAGUUGCAUUGACUGCUGAUGCUAAUAAAUAAAGGAAAAACAUGACAAAUUUUAUGAAAUGAAAAGAUGCAUCAAAUCCAUCUUCCAGUGAAAUCUCACUAUUUUGAACUAUGCCUCUUCUGUUGGCACAGCAUUGUUUGCAGGAGAUAGUCUAUCUCUUUGGAAAUGUAAAGAUACUAUUAACAAGUGGUUUCCAAGUCAUAUGAAUUUAUGUGUAUAUAUAAACAGAAGGGAGAUAUUUGUCACCUUCCAGGUGUUGCUGAACUAUACCUCCCAGUAUCUCUCACCUUUGACCAUGCUAGUUGGACUUGCUGACAGUUGCAGUUCAGCAAUCUCUGGAGGUUCGUAAGUUCUCCAACUCCUGAUAUAAACAGAAUAAAAUGGGAAUUGUGGUCACCAUUCCCAAAUUCACCUCACUAGCAGCUCCAAGGAGAUAAUUUGAAUGCUGUUGGUCAAGUAGGUAUGGGUUUAAUCCCACUUGUUUUAUUUUCGCUGAAAAGAGUGAUCAAAAAUAUAUGAUUUCUUUGAUGGCAUUUAAAAAAAAUGUGGCACCUUCCAAGAAUUAUUGACCCACCCCUGGGGAAGGAAAACAAGGCAAGGUCUUGUUUCAAAGUGGUCUUUGGGAGGACAAAGAAACAAGGACAAAAUUCUUCUUUCAAGUUCCCAUUGUCCCCAUCUGCAUUUUUUAUUUUUGUCUUUUUGGAACAUAAGCUACUUGAAAAAUUGUAGGGGAAUGUUCUGAAAUGGGCUUGGUACUUCUUUACCUUAUUUGUUUCACAUAUAUCCUAUAUACUCUAGUGCAGUGUUUCUCAACCUUGGCAACUUUAAGAC